CUGUUGUUUCUUCUUAUCGGCGGUGCAAGGUUUUGUACUUGUAUUACCUUUAAUUAUAAAAUAUUCAUUCCUACAACUGGCAAUAAAUUCCAAUAAAAAUGGCUUCACGUUUGCGUCAUUUAAAUCCAAAAAAGACUCUGUUUCUUUUCUGCGACAUACAGGAAAAAUUUCGUCCUGGCAUGCCAUUGUUUAAUAAUUUUGUAGAAAAUUCCAAUAAAUUAACUAAAGCUGGCAAAGAAUUGGAUAUACCUUUGAUUGUUACCGAACACUAUCCCGAACGUUUGGGCAACAGUGUUAAAGACAUUGAUAUUAGCCAUGCUAAAGCUGUCAUCAGCAAAACCCGUUUUAGUAUGAUGGUACCGGAAUUGGAGGCGAAAAUUAAGGAGAUUUUUGGCGACAAACCUGAUGAUGUUGUACUCUAUGGUUUAGAGUCCCACAUUUGUGUUGAACAAACUGUUAUGGAUCUAUUGGAACGCAAUAUAAGAGUUUCUUUGGUUGCCGAUUGUGUGUGUUCUCGUUUAAAACAAGAUCGUGAUUUGGCUUUAGAACGUUUCCGUGCAGCUGGUUGCAAUGUUACUACCAGUGAAAGUGUUAUUUUCGAUUUAAUGCGUGAUAAGAAUCAUCCGAAAUUCGAUAUUGUGCGUAAAUUUGUCAAUAACCCAUCGGCUGAUAUGGAAUUGUCUUCCAAAUUGUAAACAUUUUCCUGAAAGGAUUGUUUUAAAGUUUUAUAGCAUUUUGUAAAUGAAAAUAUACCAAAAUUGUUUUAUUUG